UUUUAUUAUUAUGCAACAAGGAAAUCUUAAAAACUAAUUUGAUGAUCUCAAGAAGGAAAAUAAAGAUUAAAAAGAAUUAAUAUUUUAAUAUGAAGAAUAAAAUGGAGCAGCUGAAAGUAUUUAUAAAAUUCAUUAUUAGAGAAAAUUAAUGCUUUAAAUUAAAUUCAUCAAGAUAAGGUACGUAAUUUAAUGAAUUCCAUUACACUUUUAAAAAAGGAGAAUGCACAAUUAAAAAAUAUGAAUAAAGAACAUAAAAGAUCAUAAUUAAUUGAAUAACUUAAUUAAGAAAUCGCAGAUUAAGAUCUUGUUAUUUAAACAUUACGUUCUAUUGUUAAUAAUGAUUAAAGAUGUGAUAAUUAAAUUAUUGAGGCUUUAAAUAAAGGACCUCCAAAAAUUAAAGCUUUAACAAGAGAAGAGUUAAAAAUUGAAAACAAGAAGUUAGAAAAUUAAUUAAGAACACUUAAAGAAUAAAUGAUAAAAAAAUAAUAAGAAUUAAUGCAAUCUGAAGAUAAGGAAAAUGCAAGUACAAUCUCUUUGAAUGAAUUUGAAACUCAUUCUAAAUAAAUUGCUUUAUUGACAUAAGAAAACUCUAAUUAUUAAGCUGAAAUUGAUGCUUUAAAAGAUAAAAAUUUUAAAUUAGAAGAAAUAUUAGAUGAAAAAAGUAGAUAGAUCACAGUAUUGAAUGAAUAAAAAGGUUAACUUGUAAUCCUAAGUAAAAAAUAUGAAUAACUUUAAAAAUUAAUGGAAGAUUACAAAAGAAGAGAAAAUUAAUAGGAAUUCCAUGAUAUCACAAAAGAAGUUGAUAUUGAAGAAUAGAAAAUGCUUAAUAAAGUUUAGGAGACUAAAUUAGAAAGUGUAGAAAAAUAAUUAAGAGCUGAAAUUGAUAUCAUAAAAUUAGAGAAAUAAGGAGUUCAAAGAGAAUUAGAUAAUAAAGCUAAUGAAUUACAAAAAGUAAUAAAGAAGAAUUAAUAAUUAGAAAAAAGAUUAGUGGAAUAAGAAAAGGAAUUAAAUGCUAAAUCGUAAUUAUUAUAUUAAUUUUUAGGAAAGAAUUACGUGAAAGAAUAGAAGAAUUCAAUAAAAAAGAAGCUGAUUAUUUAACAUAAAUUAGUUAAUUAAAAUAAUCUAUAGCAUAAAAGGAGACUGAAAUUUCAUAAAAUUUAUUAGAUUAAGGAUAACUGAAAGCUAAUAUCAGUAAAUUAGAACAAGAUAUAGAAUAAUUAUAGGCAAAAUUAUAGAGAGCAGGAGCAUAUAAGUAAGUUGAUGAUAUUACUUAUGAUGUUAAAAUUAACAAAGAAAUUUAAAAUAAAUUAAAGUAAUAAUAAAUCUCUGAUGAUCCUAAAAUUUUGAAAUAAGCUCUAAAAUAAUAACAAUAAUAUUAUGAAUAAGUGAUCUAAAUCUUGUAAUAAAGGGUACUUUAAUAGAAACAAGAUAAUCUUUCAGAUGUAAGCUCCAAUAUUUCUAAAUUAAUAAAACAGGAAGACAAUUAGGAAUUUGAUAUGUUAAGUUCAGAUAUUUCUUAAUUUGAAAAGAAAUAAUAAGAUUAUGAAGUCGAUUCAAAUAUUGAAGAAUAAAAUAUUCCAUCUGAUAUUCAUUCUUCUGUUACAUCUAUUUUGAAUGCUCCAAAACCAAGCAAAAAACAAAUAGAUUCAAAUUAUUCUAGAUUAGAAUCAAUGAAAUCUUCUGAUAUUGAUAAGAUAUCAUCAAAUUUAUCAGAUUAAUAAAAUGCUUCACUUUCAAAAGUCAGUUCUAAUUUGUCAAAAAUAUCAUUUACUUCAUCUAUGCAAAGAGCUGUAAAAAGAUAUUGA